UAAAGUAAAACUUUGCUUCGUUCAGUUAACUACAACGCAUCGAACAGUUGAGUUCAGUUUUUGCAUCUUGCAGAAAGUGAACAACUUUCAUUUUCAUUUUCAUUCGCGUGUUGUGAGUUUUUGUGCUGUGUCCAUUGUGUAAAACUGCAAUAAAAUGAAUAUGACAAAGACAUCUCAUCCGUUUUUUGACGGGCUGAAAACAAUCCCCGAAGGAAAACACAAAGAAUUACAAAAAAUUCGAAACUGGCUCCUCACUCAACCGCAUCUGCCAACGAUAAGUGACGACUUCGUGUACCUCUUCUUACACGCCUGUUACUACGACCUCACUCGCACCAAGUACACCAUCGAUCGCUACUUUACCAUCCGCUCAAAAACUCCAAUGCUAUUCGCAAACCGUGAUGUGGAUCACCCAACAAUUCAAACAUGCAUCGAACUCGCGCAUGUGGUGAGACUUCCAAAACUUACCCCGGAUGGUUACAAGGUAUUGAUGUACACCUGCAAGGACCCAGAUUACACCAAAUUGGUUUUUGCUGAUGCAGUCAAAGGAUUCUGUAUGUUCAACGACUGUGCCCUUUCUGAAGAUGGUUUGGCUGAAGGAUACAUCGUCCUUUUUGAUAUGAAAGGUGUUUCUCUGGGACAUUUAGCCAGAGUGUCUCUACCACCUUUAAAAGCCUUCUUAAACUACAUCCAGGAAGCCCAUCCUGCAAGACUCAAACAAAUCCAUGUUCUGAACACUGCGAAUUACAUCAACCACAUCAUGCGUAUCAUCCUCCCACUUGUCCGUUCUGAAUUCUUAUCCUUUGUGAAAUUCCACAAAGGGAACGUACCUGAAGGUAUACCCAUUGAGAUAAUGCCGAAAGAUUACGGUGGUGAAGCUCCCACAGUUAAAGAACUAGACGAAGAAAGUUUAUCAAUGGUGGAUAAAUACAGAGACUGGUUGAAAGACAGCGAGAAGUACCAGGUGGAUGAAACUAAACGUAUCAAAAAAGGUUCAUGGUGGGGCGGGUUGUUUGGUUAUGGACAACAGACUAUCCCGAAUAAUAACAACAUGGCUCUAGUUGUUGAUGGACAACAAAAGGUUUACUUAAAAGACCUUCAAAUUGAUUAAAUUCAAGAGGGAUACCAUCAAUUUCUACAACAGUAUUCUAUAUUAUAUCUAACACUCUGUAUAUAUAUAUAAAAUAGUUCUUAGGUUUGUGAUCAAAUUUGGUAGGGUUCUUAUUUUCUGUAUGAAUUUUAAAUUUAUUUCUGGUUCAUUCAAUAAAAUAACAGUAAUUUAAAUUCAAA